GUCGUCCUGGCGCCAGGUUCUACCGUACCGGAAAUUAGCAGGAAGUUGAAGAAGAAGAAACAUCUCCGCUAGCUGACUAGCUACUGCUGGGAAGUAGCCACAAACAUUUCAGGAUAUUCCAUAAUGAGUUAUGCAGAGAAGCCAGAGGACAUAACAAGGGAAGAGUGGAUGGAGAAGCUCAACAAUGUCCACAUUCAGAGGGCUGAUAUGAACAGGCUCAUCAUGAACUACUUGGUGACGGAGGGCUUUAAGGAGGCAGCAGAGAAGUUUCGGAUGGAGUCUGGGAUAGAGCCCAGUGUGGACUUGGAUUCUCUUGAUGAAAGGAUUAAGAUAAGGGAGAUGAUCCUAAAGGGACAGAUCCAGGAUGCAAUUGCGUUGAUCAACAGCUUGCACCCAGAACUGCUGGAUACUAACCGUUACCUCUACUUUCACCUACAGCAACAGCAUCUGAUUGAGCUCAUCCGGUUAAGGGAGACUGAAGCUGCCCUAGAAUUUGCUCAGUCUCAGUUAGCAGAGCAGGGGGAAGAGAGUCGAGAAUGCCUGACUGAGAUGGAGAGGACACUGGCUCUGUUGGCAUUCGACAACCCUGAGGAAUCGCCCUUUGGAGAUCUGCUUAAUAUGAUGCAGAGACAAAAGGUAUGGAGUGAAGUCAACCAGUGUGUGCUCGACUAUGAAAACAGAGAGUCAACACCUAAGCUGGCCAAGCUCCUGAAGUUACUGCUAUGGGCUCAAAAUGAACUUGACCAAAAGAAAGUGAAGUAUCCCAAAAUGACAGACCUCAGCAAGGGAACCAUUGAAGACUCCAAAUAAGGAACACAAGUGAAAACAUACCAGAGCAUUACAAAAUGGACACAUUUCCUUUAUCUAUUUAUACCCCUGACAAACUGACUCAUGGAGUACAACCUUUUCUUUUUUGUAAGGGUUGCUUUUUGAUACUUUAAUAACUUAGAAUGUUCAGAACUGGAUCGGUGGUGUUUUAGAUGAUUCACACUAACGUAACAUGCAAAUUGUUUUACUUUAAUAAUUGAGAAAUUACACAUUUGUUGAAAAUUGGUAUUUUAUUUUGCAUAUUUCAUUUACACUAGUUUUUCUGUCUAUUGGCAGGGAAAGUUGGCACAGGAGGGUAUGAAUGAAGCCUAAAUUAGGCUGUCACUUUGUGUGUGACCACUUAGAAGGAGCAAAGUUUGACAUUCAGGGGAAAUGGGUGGCUCAGAGUACACUGCCCCGAAUAAGGCUACUUUUUCCUUUCAAGAUAAAACACAUUUCAUCUAGUGUUCUAUGUUAGGGCUAUUGCCAAAACAGAAAUACAUUUUAUGUUUUAAGCUGCUGUGACUAUGAAAGAUAAAUGCAACUUUUAGAUUAUCACUGCAUUGUUACUUAAAACAAUACAAAAAGGUGUUGACAAAACAAAAAGUACAUUAUAUCGCAUGGGAAUAAUUUAACAGGUGGCAUAAGGCAAGGCUUUUGGAGUACUGAAAACCUUCCAGUUUACUGUGACUGUGCAAGCUUAAAUGCAACCAGAGUUUCAUACUGUUAUAAGGCUUCACAAAUGUGAUAAGAGAUGUGAAUGGAAGUCUAUGUAUUCGUACAUGGAGACGCUUUUACAGAUGGAAUAUUUACAUGUAUGAAAGAAGUAGUGCUUUUGCAAAAUUUGAUGUGCUUUUUUCGCUGGUGUAUUAUUUUGCAAUAAAAGUGGAUUUUAAAACUGGGCAAGUCAUCAAA